AUGACUCUUCGUCAUUUACAUAUUCGACUUAAUCAGACAUGUUUUUUCUACAAUCUUAUUGAACAUGUACCGAAUCUCGAACAAAUGUCCGUUCAGUUUAAUUGUUCAUUGUGUCCAUAUUCAUAUGUAUUACCGACAUCAAAUAUUGAAAGCUUGAGUCAAUCAAACGAAAAUUGGUUUAAUAAGAUACCAAAACUACGAUGUUUUAGUUUAACAACUUUCAUUGAUACUGAUUUGGAAUUUAUUUCUUUGAAAUGGCUUCUCAACAAUUUAAAUUAUGUUGAAAAACUUGAAAUUCAUCUUAAAAGUUAUGGAUUUAUCGAAACGAAACGUCAAAAUAUAUGGAAAUCUUUUAUUGAUGCGAAUUUCAUUCGUCAAUAUUGUUUACCUGAAACAACACCUAAUUUAAUUGAUUUCAAUUUUUAUAUUUGCUCAGAAUGUGAAUUAUCAUAUAAUGAUAUAGAAAGAAUAACUAAUUCAUUUAAAAUUCAUCCUUUUUUUAUUUCACAUCAAUGGACAAAUGUCAAAUAGCGUGGUAUGGAUUUUAAGAAGCCAAAUUUCCUAAUAUCAUUGGAAGUUUUAUCCAAAAUGAGACAAUACAAUGGAAUUGAUUUUCGUUUUCGAAAUGUUACGAAAAUUCAAUUUGGAACACGGUUUGAUCGGUCGUGUGCCAAUUAUCAGAUGUCAACCGCUCGAAAUGAAAUACGUGAAAAAGUACUUGCUCAUCUCAUUUCAAUGACUGAACAACUCAAAUAUCUUCAAGUUGAACGAUUCGAAUGGCUUUUACAUGUUGUUCAAUAUGCAUCUAAUGAACUAAGAACAAACGCAUUAAUUACUGUUCGAUAUGCUGCAUUUUGUCUUCCAAGUUGUCAUUGCGGUUACGAAACAGUUAAUCUUGGCAAACAUCUUGUACCUUUUCUUAGCACAUAUAUGCCUCAUUUACAAACAUUGUGUCUUUGGCGACCAGAUGAUUUUCCUUGGACAUCUACUCAACAUGUAGCUGUUUUUCAACAAGAUAUUUGUCAGUUGGUUGAAAAAUUAAAAGAAUUUACCUUUCUCGAUAUUUAUGGAGAAAUUCUUUACGAAAAGGUUGAAUCUUAUCGGUCAAUGGUUCAAGCUCGCUUUCCUAAUAGUCGAAUAGAUGUUGGAAUAGCAAGAUUUCGUCUUUGGCUUUAA